CCUUUUGCGUGUUUGGGCAAAAGUUUCGAAGAGGGGAAGAAAGUCACGUUGCACAUCCACGUGCCAGAGGAGAGCCCGGAGCGCGAGGGUGAAGCGGGCGGGGAGCGAAGCAACGGACUUGGCAGAGGGAUAAGGGGGCGUGGCCUCUCCCCGGGGGCGUGGCCUCUCCCUGAAGGCGGCAGUUCAGAAGCGCCGGGCGGGAGGAGGGGAGUGGGACGCCACGAGAGGCCCGCCAAGUUUGAAAGCGCCUGGCUGGCCCCGCUGAACCGGGGGAAGUUGAAUGGAAGAAGAAUGGAGAUGAGGCCAAGAAAAACAAACCAUGCUAGGAAGAAUCUUUUUGGUCCUGUGAAUCAUGAUGGUCUCCAGCAGGACUUCCAGAGCAUGUUGAAUGCUGCCAUGGAAAGAGCCACGUGGAGAUGGAACUUCGACUUCUUGCAAGAUACUCCAACAGAAGGUCUUCUUCAGUGGGAAAAACUACCAAACCAUGAGGUCCCCACUUUUUAUCACACUUGUAGGGUUGGACAGACUUACCAGCCUGUGAAACUGGGUCUUGGGAAUAAAUUGAAAAUGCAUCACAGUGGUGAAGUGUUGGAGAAACAGAGGCAAAAUGUGGCAAAGAAAAAGAGUUUAAUAGGAAAGAAACGAAGGCAGACAUCUUUGACUGAUUAUUGUACAACCAAGAAGAUCAGAAUGGACAUGAAAACUCCAGUAAAGAAAAUGACAUUGAAGAAAGGAGCAUCAUGCAAUUGAUCCAAAUCUCAGUGUUUUGAAACAGGAUUGUCCAAGCUUUUAGAACAUUUUUGAAAUGGUUAUUCAUAGAGGAACUACGACGAGGUGUCCUUGAGGAAGGAAUGUCACAGAAAAUUUAAUCUGAUUUAUUUUUUUUGAACAAUGAAAAUUCGUAUUAGAGCAAAAUUAAACCAAAUAACCUCAUAUCUUUAAAAAGUGAAAGGUCUAGAAAAAGCACGGCUAUUUGUAGAGGGACCCUUUCUAAACUGCUAUGUAAAAUCCAGAUUAUCUGUUUUUAACUGGAUUAUAUGACAGUGUACUCAUAUAAUCCAGUUCAAAUCAAAUAACAUGGAUUAUCAGCUUUGAUAAUCUGGAUUAUAUGGCAGUGAAGAAGGGGCCAGGGACAUCUCAGUGGAUAUUGAUCAGUAUAAGAUUAAACAUUGAGCAUACUGCGUAUGAACAGAUUGUGAGUGCCAUUAUGUGUUGUUGCAUAUUGUCUUUUCAUGUAUUUAAUACCAAUGCUUUCAUUUUAGGGUGAUUAUCGUGUUUUUAAAAUUAAGUUGGCAUACUGUAUCCUUAAUUUGGUUGUUUAAAAAUUCCCACAAUUUUGCAUUUUAUGUUUUUUUUUUUUUGCAUAUAGAGUUAGAUUUUACAUCAUGCUAAUUAUGAAAUCAGCAGAAAUAUGCACUUCUAUGACUUCAUAUUGCUGGUAAUUAUAAGCCUGAACAGAUUCCUAUAUAAACAGUUCCCUAUACAUAGAAAAAUAGUAUUUAAAGGAGAAAGGAUCUAAUGGUA